UCGACAUUUCGAAUAACCGGCAAUUUCAGGGUAGCAGUGUAGUGUUUGGUAUACUUAGGUUAGGAUAGCUAUUUUCAUAAUUAAAAAUAUUCGUGGUAAAUUUGAAUGUCAUGUGAUUAGCAAGACGUUUUUCGAUGUUAAUGGUGAUUAAUGUUCAAAUGAAACAUUAUUGGUCUAAGAUAAAUUUUUCGUGAUAAAGCAGUGUAUGUCGAAGGUUGCCAAAAUAUCUACCAACUGUUCUGCUGUCAAAUGUUUUUUAUACGACUUUGAUAAGAAAAGACAAAUAAUUUACAUCACAACAAUAGUAAAGAGAUAUUUUAUGCACUGAAAAUGGCCGCGAGUGAAUCAGGUGUAUCAUCACAUUCUAGGGAAGAUAAUAAUUGGAGGAAAGAUCUAAUCUUACAAUUGCAAGAAAGAAACAAGAAACAAACAUAUUGUUUUGCAGAUCUUAUUAGUUUACAUAACAGAUUGUUUGAAAGUGCAAACACAUUACGUGGAGAAAAUAUACAAUUAACCGUAGCAAAUGAAACUCUUCGCCGAGAAGCAGCUAGUGGAACUCCUGGUUUAAGUGUAAAUGCUGAUCUUGAAGCUCGUCUUUUAAAGCAAGCAGAAGAAUUAGCAACAUUACAUAAAAGAAAAGGAGAACAUACGCAACAAAUAGUAGAUCUUAAUAACAAAAUGCAGGAAAUGUUGAAGGAGCUUCAAAUCAAGGAAGCAAGUGUAGUAGAAAGUAUGGAGCUCAAUGCCAACUUACGUUUAGAAGUAUCAAAAUGUCUUAGCAGAGAAAGAGAGCUAGAAAGUGUUAAUCAAAUGUUAAAGGAUGAGCAUCAAGCCUUGCAACUUGCUUUUGCAUCUUUAGAAGAAAAACUUAGAAAAGCGCAGGAAGAAAAUCGCCAAUUAAUAGAACGUUUGAUUAAGUACAAAACACGAGAUGCAGAGAAAGUGAACGAAGAAAACGACAAUUUUCUGAAUGAGAGUUUUUCCAGUCCGACAGCCUUUUUGAUGCAAACCAUAUCAAAAUUUGGAAAAAGGCAAGCAAAGAUGCAGAAAGAGUUGGAAGAUGCGGCUCGUGACACACGACCUGUUAGUCCCGAUAGAUCCAGUUUAAAAGAAGGAAUCUCUGGUCUUCCUACUGCGGUCCCAACAAAAGUAUCCGUCACGUUUACUGCACACGACGGAGAAGUUUAUGCCGUAAAAUGGUCUCCCGCCGAGAGGAUGCUUGCCACCGGUGGAGCUGACAGGAAGGUGAAGCUUUGGAAUAUCUCAAAAGGUAUGUCAGAGAGUAAAGGAGUACUUAUUGGCAGUAACGCUGGGGUGAUGUGCGUCGAUUUCGAUUCUACGGGAACGCUGAUGCUUGCAGCGUCGAACGACUACGCCAGCCGGGUGUGGACCGUCAAUGACUUCCGGUUAAAGCACACUCUAACGGGCCACUGUGGGAAGGUGAUGGCGGCGAAGUUUCUUGGCGAGCCUUCAAAAGUAGUUACUGGCAGUUACGAUCGUACCCUAAAAAUUUGGGACCUGCGUAGCAAAGCGUGUAUAGAGACAAAGUUUGCGGGUUCCAGUUGUAACGAUCUUGUAACUUCUGAUGGUGCUGGUUCUACUAUAAUUAGUGGCCAUUUCGAUCAGAGAAUUAGAUUUUGGGACACCAGAGCCGAGUCCAGUUCGAACGAUAUUUUAUUGGAAGGGAAAGUGACGUCGCUAGAUUUAUCUCGUGAUGCAAAUUACCUUCUGAGCUGUGUCAGAGACGAUACGUUAAAACUCAUUGAUUUACGAAUGAAGAAGAUCAUUGGAUCAUUUAGUGCUGAUGGGUUUAAAGUCGGCUUUGAUUGGACGAGAGCAACUUUCAGUCCAGAUGGCCAAUACAUAGCUGUUGGUUCUUCGGAUGGAUCUGUUUUCAUUUGGUCAGUCACUACCAAUAUGAUUGAAACUGUGCUGAAAAACCAUUCAACUGUGGUGACAGCAGUUUCUUGGCAUCCGCACGGUGCCUACCUCGCAUCGGUGGACAAAGCAAAAACGGUGACAGUCUGGGGCGACCAUGUUUAACGGGACAAACAAUCCCGGGAUAGACGAUUGUUUCACGUACGAAGGUCAGCGCGUUCUUUUGUGCCGAGACGGACGUUUGUGGAAUUGAAAAAUGUAGAUGCAAGCUUUACGCGCCAUAGAGGAGGAAUAUCACAAAGGACACGAUCCGGCGUGUGCAGGAUACUAAAAAUCAACGGUGUAGGUUUGGGCGCGCAGGCUGUAAAGAGUACCAUUUUGAGAUUGUACAAAGCGAUGCUACCGGCGAUGAAGCAAAUUUCAGCCACGGUAGAGAUUAUUGUACAUAAAACUGCCCUGAUUGUUGCCCCUCCAAGGUUGUAAAGAUUUCCUUUUUUAGGGUAAUACCCGCGCGCCACGACCGUCGCCCUUUCUUCAACAAAUUGAACAAAUUAUCGUAGUUAUCCUCUUUAAGAUUCGCUAGAUACACUCCUUUUACUUGUAAAGGACUAUUUUUCGCGUUUCAAUCGUCUGUGCCGGCAGACGCGAUCGCUCAAGUUGGAUCACGUUUUCGAGAAACGAUAAAACACGGUUGUUUCUUUCCUGUUUCUGUUAAGUUACUGCAUGCGAAAUUUCGUUUUAUCAAAUGCAAUUCUAGUCGCGUAUUACUUGUUCAAAACAUGUUAUUUAAUCAACGCAAGUUUCACGCGACUUGAUGCACUUUCCCAGUGAUUAGUUGAUUUCAUUGUUUUAAAUUUAGAAAGAUUGUCAGGGAUCAAAUUUUCGUUAUUUUGAAUAAACAUAAGCGUCAUGUCUGUAACAGUACUAAAGUUUCAGUGUUUUUAUUAUAAAUCUUUCUAAUGCUCAAUACACGUAGUCUAUCACCAGUAUAUUUUUCUUUGACGCGGUCGCCAAUUGAGUCAUCAAAUCAAGGUGCCACGUUGAUCAAUCUCAUCAGUAGAGAAGUAGAGAAACGUUAAAAAUAUUACUUUUUAAAUUUAUCUUAAAAUUUAGUAUUAUUUAUGCCAUCUUCUUGCAACAAGUGAAGUUAUAAGAACGCCGUUUGUUUCUUCAGAAUUGAACAUUAAUCGUGUACUUAUGUAAUGAAAUUGAGAAAUUGUUAAAAAAUGAAGUUGAUUAGUUUGGCUUCUGACAGAUUUAAUCAACGACAUAACAAAAUUUAAUAGAUAUUGUUAGUUAGAAAAUAUUCGAGCUUCGAAACGAAAACAUAUCAUAUGCAUAGAUCUAAUAUUUUAGUCGGGCUAUUUUCAUUACGAAAACUGUUACUCGGUUAAUUCUUACUUCAGCUUAAUUUCUAUAGUCGAUUUCUAUAGUCUAUAGUCGAUCUUGCCUUCAUGACUAAUCACAGGUCACGUGCAAUACACUCUCACUCUUCCUCCUUCUCUAUCUCUCUUUUCAAGUAGAGAAAAUUAAAAAAGUCUCAUUGUAAGUGAAGUCACAGAAGAAGCUUGUUAAUUGACGAAGCAACCGUGAAAUCGAGUCUUCUCGAAGUUCUCCAAUGUCAGCGAAUUUCGAACGUUUUUAUCGUAAGUCUGAUGUAGGAUGAAAGAGGAUGUACUCAUUAAGUGAAGAAGCACAAUAAAGUUCUAAUAUUGAUACUGAGUAUAUUACAUUAUAUAAUUUUUAUUCGAUCGAUGAUAAUGUAUCGAACAAUAUUACGUUUGUCUCAAUCGUCGGAUUUAUUAUAAUGGUGAAGAAUCUAUUGAUUUGUAUGAGUCAUUUCACAUAAAAUAUAUAAAAACUCGCAAUACUUGUUAAUAAUCUACUUAAUUGUAUAGUUUAUUCAAUGCUCCAACUUCGUAGCUUAAAGUAACGUGUUAGGUUUAAAGAUCAAAUGAAGCAAAUAGACUGAUAUCGAUAAAAAAAAUGCUUCUUAUGUAUUGCAAUUUGAAAAUUUUAAGUACAAACUUUUAUCAUUCAGAAUUAUCUCUUAUCGAUCCAUGAAUUUUUUUUAUCUGUUUUUGAUUCUUUUUUCGUUAAUGGCUCGAUUUAACAAUGUGGAUUUUCUCUGGUAUUUCCAUUUAGUAUACGAUUUUUAAGCUUUCCGUGUUUCUUCUUUAACGAUCUGAAAAUUGUUCUCAAAGCAUGAACUUAAUAGCAAGCUAUCUCGAAACCAGAUGAAUACAAUAAAUAUGCACGGUACCUUAUCUUACUUCGAACAAAGUUCUUUCUCCUGAAAUUUUCAAUUAAUCCAAAACCUUAUUACUUAUGUAUUUUUAACCUUAAUUUUAAUCUUAAUUUUAUAGAUUUUUAUUUAAUUUUGCAGAAAAUUCAUUAAAAAAGUUAUAAAUAUAGUCUGAACAUAUUGAAUUAAAUCUAUCGUACUACGAAGAAAAAGCUUGUGUUCAAUAAAAAAUAUUUAUCAUAAUGUUAUUCCUACAUUAUAGGAAUUUUACAUGGUAAUUUAAUGUUUGGUAAGAGGCUAUAUUUUAAACUGCAUUUUAAGCGUGAAAGCUUUAUCUAGACUUAUAGAAUUUUAUACAAAUUAUAGUCUGAACUCUAUCAAUAAAAAAUAAAAAAAAAAAAAUUGAAAAGGAAUAAAUAUAUGUAAUUUCACGUGAAGUGACUCAUACAUUGUAUUUUUGUGGUUUUCGUUUCAACUACGAACACUCUUUUUGUGUCACAAUUUUACGCGUUUACUUAUUGCUCCUUAGUUCGUGCACAACAAUUUGAAAUUGGUCGCGACCGUAAAUUGCACAAUAGCUGUAAGAUUUGUAAGUGAAUGCUUUUUAGGAGUAUACAGGGCCAAGAUCGAAGGGCUCUAAGUAUAAUUUAGCCUCUAAGGGCUUCUAUAGCGUAACUAUAAGAAUUUAUGAGUCAUAAAUUGUAAGGAAAGUUUGCCAGUAAAAUGCGAAAUGCCAACGUGUAUAGCUUUUCAUAUUUUUGAUACGUAUUUUUGUUAAUUCGAAUACACAAGUAAACGAGACAUUGAUAUAAUAAACCGCGAACGCGAUAACAAAUUUCUUUCCUCUCUUAUUUCAUGUUUCACCAGUUUAAAAUAUUUUCACCUGUUUUUAAAUAUUUUUCUUUUCUCAGAGUCCUUUGAUCAUUGUUUAGUAUAAGUCUAUAUUAACACAGUGAAAAAAAUAAUAGAUUCUGCGGAUAAGUUAGAUGUUACAUAUAGAUUUUGGUAUAAUAUGCAUUGAAUUAUUACUAUUAGUACUUCUUUAUUAUACAGAUAACCAAUACAUCAUGAUAUUAUUUUCUAACGUUUAAGUUUUGCAAACUGUAAGUUGCUACUCUACUCGAACAUAUGAUUAAUUUCGAUGUGACUGUUCAUAAUUUCAUCGGUUUACCUAAUUGAAAUUUUAUAUAAUAGCAUCGAUUACGUUUGCUGCUUUGAUUAACCACCUCAUUGAUCUCAAAAGUGUAUAGUUCAUAGAAUAAUAUCGAUCAAACGGUUUGCUCCGCUAAUAUUUUUCUAUAGAGAUAAACCGAUGAGCAUCAAAUGGUUACAUCGUUUAUAACGUUUGAUUUUUCAAGUAAGUCUGUUGUUGAAGCAAAUUAUUAUAAUUGCGUCCAACUUGUUACAUAAUUCUUUUCCUAUUGUACAAGCAAUACAGUGACAUACAUGUAUUCUGUUAUUAUUAUUCACAUUUUCUUCUACACCAACUUCUGCGGAAACAAUGUAUACACUGCUCGCAAUAUAUUAUAUUAUAUAUAUUAAACGUUUUCUUCUUGUAUUUUUUAAAA